UGCACGCGACGCAAAACGCCGGAACCUACAAAUACAACCGGAAAAACGCAAAACUAGUUCCUCAAUUUUGACUCUAGAAGAAUACAACAAGAUUCUAAAGAUUUAUAACGAAGACACGCCAGAUGGUUUACAGAAAAUGUUUUUUUAUGUGGCUGGAUUAGAAUUAGCUUGGAGGGGAUGUGAAGGUGUUAACGUUACUAUCAAACAUUUUAAGGAAGAAAGUGAUAAUUGUGGUUUGCCUACGGGGCGAAUAGAAUACAAUUGUAUUUUUUCCAAAACAGCUCAAGGAGGUAGCCAUAAAUUAACAGACAGCAAAUGGCUUGCAACAAACACCACAGAUCCUAGAAUUUGCCCUGUUAGGCUCUACAAAAAAAUGCUGAGCAAGAGAGGUAAACAUAUAACCACCGAUCGUUUAUUUUUAACGCCAAAUCCUGCAUGGAGAGAACCUAGUUCUGUAGGAUGGUUCAAAAAUUCACCCGUUGGAAGGAAUGAAAUGGGGAAAUGGACAAGAACCGCCGCAGAAGAAAUAGGCAUCGACAUAAAGAAAAAGAAGAUUAGUAAUCAUUCAUUACGGUCAACUGCAGUGUCGCAACUUGCAAAAGCGGGAGUCGGUGAAGAACAGCUUAUAAAGAUUACCGGUCAUGCCAAUACUUUCUCCAUCAAACCAUACCUUCAGCUCGAUGGAGAUCAUCAUUAUCAAAUGAUUGACAAAUUACGCGCCAACUCAACGGCUAUGGAAGAGUCUAAUAACAAAUCCACAAAUUGCGCACCGUCUGCUUUGGUACAAAUGUCUAAAAAUAUAGUUACUACUUCACCAAGCACACAAACCCCUGUAAAUUACUACAACUGUACCAUAAUUAAUUACAAUUCUUAGUUUCAUAAUUAAAUAUUUGGUUAGUAA